AUGUCGAAGGAAUUGAUUAAAGGCGUGCUUGACUUGGACCCCUGGUUGGAGCCCUAUUCCAAGCCAUUGAUUGACCGCCAGGUGGCGUUCAAAAACAAGCACAAGGAGCUUGGCCUGCUUAUCGAGUAUGCCAAUUCCUACCAGACUUACGGGGUUCAUGCUCUUCCCGAUAAGCUGAUCAAAGUGGUCCAGUACGUGCCUGAUGUCAGGGAAGUGCUGAUCGUGGGUGACUUUAACCAUUGGGAUCCGGAGGCUCACAAACUUAAACGUGUCAACGACUACGGCAAGUGGGAAUUGACCAUUCCUCCGGCCAAUGGUGACUUUGCUAUUCCUCAUGACUCCAAAUACAAGUUGUCAAUGGUCACCAACCUGGGUGAAAGAUUAUACAGAGUCGAUCCGUGGGUGAAGCGGGCUACACCCCCGGCGCGGGACUCUCUGCUGGUGGCGUACGAAGGGCGGUUCUGGAACCCAACCCACAAGUACCAAUUUACCAACCGUCACCCCAAGUUCAACAACAAAGAAGGAAUCCGGAUUUACGAAGCUCACGUGGGUAUCUCUACCCCGGAAGCGGGCGUGGGUACCUACAAGAACUUUACUCAAAAUGUGUUGCCAAUUAUCCUGAAAUUGGGAUACAAUACCAUUCAGUUGAUGGCAAUUAUGGAACACGCUUACUAUGCCUCGUUUGGCUACCAAGUGACCAACUUCUUUGCCGCGUCUUCCAGAUACGGUACUCCAGAAGACCUCAAGGAGCUCAUCGAUACUGCUCACGGCAUGGGUAUUCAAGUAUUGCUUGAUGUUGUGCACUCUCAUUCGUCAAAGAAUGUGGAAGACGGGUUGAACAUGUUCAACGGUACCGACUACUACCUUUUCCACCUGGGUGGCCGUGGUAACCACGAUCUUUGGGAUCUGAGAUUGUUCAAUUACAACCAUCCUGAAACGUUGCGUUUCUUAUUGUCUAACCUCAAGUAUUACCUUGACACCUUUCACUUUGAUGGUUUCAGAUUUGAUGGGGUAACGCUGAUGUUAUACAAGCACCAUGGGUUAUCGUUUGGUUUCUCUGGUGACUACAACGAGUACUUCAACCCCGAAUGGGUGGAUGAUGAAGCCAUUACCUACCUCCUUCUCGCGCAUCAAUUGUUCGGUGAUAUUACCAAUGAGGAUGGCUACAAGAUCACCUCAAUUGCGGAAGAUGUGCUGGGGAUGCCGACUCUUUGUCUUCCCAUCAAGGAUGGUGGGAUUGGGUUCGACUACCGUUUGCUGAUGGCCAUCCCUGAUAUGUGGAUCAAGAUCUUGAAGCAUUUGCAGGACGAACAGUGGUCGAUGGGCGAUAUCACCUACACGCUCACCAACCGUCGUCAUGGGGAAAAGUGUAUCGCGUACUGUGAAUCCCACGACCAAGCCCUUGUCGGUGACAAGACCAUCGCUUUCUGGUUGAUGGACGCAGAAAUGUACACCAACAUGCUGGUGUUGCUGCCGCUUACGCCUGUCAUUGACCGUGGUAUCGCUCUUCACAAGUUGGCUCGGUUGGUGACGUUCUCCUUAGGUGGUGAGGGCUACCUCAACUUUGAAGGUAAUGAGUUUGGUCACCCCGAAUGGCUUGAUUUCCCCCGUGAAGGCAACCAAGAAAGUUACCACUACGCUAGACGUCAAUUCAACUUGAUUGAAGAUGACUUGUUGCGGUACAAGUUCUUGUUUGCUUUUGACGCGGCCAUGCAACAUUUGGACCGUGACUACGGGGUGCUCAAAGCUCCUCAAGCGUACGUGCUGCUAAAGCACGAAUUGGACAAGUUGCUCGUGUUUGAACGGAACGGGCUCUUGUUUGUCAUCAACUUCCACCCGACUCAGUCGUUUGCUGAUUACAAGAUCGGGGUGGAGACUCCCGGCAAAUACAAGAUAGUCCUCGACCUGGACCGCGAGGAGUUUGGUGGUCACAACCGCGUUGACGACAACACCGAAUUCUUCACCGAACCGGGUACCUGGAACGACCGCGCCAACUCGUUGAUGGUAUACGUUCCCCAACGUACUGCGCUUGUGUUGGCCAAGGUUGACUAA